GUAAAUCCCACAAUCUGCGGUUACCGAUCUUCAACGACACAGUCGUAAACAGUCAAAAUUCCCUUCUCCUCCUCACCACCACCAUCUUCAAACUUUUGAGAAUCCGAUUCUCGGAAAACGCGCCCACCCCAAUUUCGCAAAAGGGUCUCUCAUUUCCCGAAUAUCGAAUCGAACCCACAUUUUUGUUCUUCCAAAUCUCUAAUCUUAUUGACUUUGAUUCAUAUUUACAGUUUCCUGCUUUCUAUACUCAGAUCCAACAACUGCAUGUAUUGAAUCUGAAAAGAUGGAUGGGACUGUGUUUGCUCCUGCUCUGGAAGGAAUGAAGAGUGUGAAAUCAGCAGAAGGCGAAAUGCAGACCAAGCCUUUCUUGGAAGUCUGCAAGCAUAUUUUGCCUGUUAUAGAGAAGUUUGGAGCUGCUAUGACUCUUGUUAAAUCGGAUGUUGGUGGUAAUAUAACGAGAUUGGAGACUAAAUAUUCUUCCAAUCCUUCGGAAUUCGACCUGUUGUACAGUUUGGUACGGGUUGAGGUUGAAGCCAAGACAGCAAAAGCAUCAUCCAGCUGCACCAAUGGUCUGCUAUGGUUGACAAGAGCAAUGGACUUCUUGUUGGAGUUGUUUCGGAACUUACUGGAACAUCAAGAUUGGACAAUGUCUCAGGCUUGUUCAGAUUCCUAUGGCAAGACCCUGAAACAAUGGCAUGGAUGGCUUGCUAGUUCAAGUUUCAGUAUUGCCAUGAAGCUUGCUCCUGACAGGAAGAAGUUCAUGGAUGUGAUAGGAGGCAAUGGUGAUAUCAUGGCUGAUAUAGAGAAAUUUUGCACUACCUUUUCGCCCCUGCUUCAAGAGAAUCACAAGUUUUUGGCUAGUGUUGGCCUGGAUGAUUUGAAGGCUUCAUAAUUUCAAAGGUUUACUGAUGAGAAGAGGCUCAUGCAUUCAGUUCCCUUGCCUUCGGUUCCUGCUUGGAUCAUGACCUUGUGGCCUAGCCAAAACUGUCCCAACUUCAAACAUGAAAAAUAAUGUGCGACUUUUUCCUACACUUAAUACGUGUAUUUGGUUAAUGUUUAAUAUUAAAUGUCCUCUUUAUAAUUGGCUAUAUCUCUUUUUUGAACAUUUUAUACUUUGUAAUCACGGAGCCUUCAAUUGUUAUUUGGUUUUGUAUGC